CAUGAAAGAAGAGGGGAAAUGAAGUCCCCACCAAAACGUGGGGCUGAAAAUGAGGAACCAAAAAUCUGUGGAUAGAACAGUAAGCAAAAAUAAAACUGCAAAAUUUUCAAGAGAAAAGAAAAUACCAGACAAGUAUGCUGCUCUAUGGCGCAUCUUCCACCAGAUGUUCGAUGAUAUGCCCCGGAGGAGCCCAUACUCAACUAUUACCCAAAAGAGCGCCUUUUCCUCUAGCUUCAACCCGCAUCACUGCACGCCACCGUAUAGCUGGUGCGGUAGUUUCAGCCGCCGCCACUGCAGCAUUGGUGUUGUCUGCAGGCGCGAUUGAGGUGGCAGCACCAAAGCAGCCGGAGGAGACACUCUCGAAUAUACCACAGACGUUGUCGAGCGUGUGCACUCCAGAGCAGAAGGACUGCAAGAAAAGGUAUAAAAUCCAACGGCCCAAGUCGAGGAAAGCUGAGACUUGCACUAAGAAAUGCGUUGGCACUUGCAUUUUGGGGGGUUAUGGUUCUCCCGGGGAAGGUCCUUUAAACAUCAGGAGACCUCUAGUUGUUUUCAAGGACGGUUUUCGGAGUCGUAAAUAUUGUUUGUCAGAGUGCUCUGAUAUCUGUAACUUGAUUGGAGAUGGUGAUGAUGGACCCUGAUUCAUGCUCUGUUGGAGCUACUUCCCCACAUAAUUUUCAAGUUGAUUUACAGGUAGAAUUAUAAUUUGUUUGUUAAUAUGUACAUUUGAGGCUACUGUAUAUGCUGCAGGUUUCAUCAUUCCUUCACACAAUGCUUUAGGAUCUUUGUUCUUGCCUUAAUCUUCUCCUUGUCCAAUGAGAGUGUAUGAUUAUUCCAA